CUUCUGUCCCGACGCUGGAGGUGUAAGAAGUUCGGUGUGUGAAGUUCGUCGCCGACAUGAACUCGUACCACGUGUUGCAGCUGGUGGGCGAGGGCUCGUACGGUCGAGUCUACAAGGGCAGGAAGAAAUUCACGGGCCAGGUGGUGGCGCUGAAGUUCAUGCCGAAGGUGGGUCGCUCCGAGAAGGAGCUGCGGAGUCUGAAGAGGGAGAUCGAGAUCAUGAGGGACCUGCAGCACCCGAACAUUGUCCAGCUGUACGACAGCUUCGAGACUAAAACAGAGGUCGUGGUUGUGACAGAGUAUGCCGAGGGUCAGCUGUUCCACAUUCUGGAGGACGAGGGGAGCUUGGUAGAAAGCCAGGUCCAGGAGAUCGCCUGCCAGCUGGUCUCAGCCCUGUAUUAUUUACACUCCCAUCGCAUUCUUCACCGUGACAUGAAACCACAAAAUAUACUGCUGGGGAAGAGUGGGGUGGUGAAACUGUGUGACUUUGGGUUUGCCAGGGCCAUGAGCGUCUCGACCAUGGUGCUGACCUCUAUCAAGGGAACGCCGCUGUACAUGUCUCCGGAGCUGGUGGAGGAGAAGCCGUACGACCACACUGCCGAUCUCUGGUCUUUGGGCUGCAUCCUCUACGAGCUCCACACAGGGGCGCCUCCGUUCUACACCAACUCCAUCUUCCACCUGGUGCAGCUCAUUGUGAGAGACCACGUGAAAUGGCCAGACACAAUGAGCGACACCUGCACGAGUUUCCUGAAAGGUUUGUUGACCAAAGACCCUGAGAAGCGGUUGUCGUGGCCAGACCUCCUCCACCAUCCCUUUGUUGCUGAUGGAGUUCUCGUUUUGUCAGACACAAAUGUUUUCAGCCCUCUGACAGUCGCACCCAGCCCAGACAUGAUGGCGCUGAAACUUCAGCAAGUGGCAGCGAAGACAGUGCCGCCUGCUGGAGAGUGUAUAUUCCUCCGAAAGGCCAGAGAACAGAGGGACAACAGUCCCAGUGCAAAACUGGUCAAUUGUGAUGGUGCAAAACCGAAGAAAAAGGACCCAGCGGCAAAUGAAAGGGCCAACUCUGCAACACUCCCCAGAGCCAAGCCCCAUCGCUCCAGUGAUGGAUCAGUUACCUCGGGUCACUCGAUGGCGGCGGCUGCCGAUCAAGUCCUCAACCCAAAGAGUCAAGCCUGCGUGAGAUCAAAACAAAGGGGUCAGAUCAGCAGAGACUAUGAACAGGAAUUCCCCUCUGUAGAGGUCGGCCCACAACUGCAGUGGAGAAGCAAUGAGAACAAACAGGUCACACUGCACCAGCAGGAAGUUGACAGUGAGGAGUACUGGGAAAAACUGGCCAAACAAUCAGAUCCAAGCAAUCAGCAGAAAGAGCAUUUAGACUACAAUGCCAUCAUACCUCGACUUAAAGCCAAGAUUCUGGCUUUUAAAGUUCAGAUAAAAGGCGACACUGUUGAAGAAUCGUGGGAGAUUAACAAACCGCUGAAAGUUUUACGCAACCUGCUUCUGACCACUGACCUUGAGGAGUCAAACCGCAUCGGGCGCGACCUUGGAUUGCCCCAUGCUCUCUUUGACCCGCUCCACGAUACUGUAGAAAAGCGACCAUGGAGUGUGUCAGCGCUCGGAGAAAUGAUUAUAGCCCUCCUGAUCUACUGGGAUAAACAUCCUGACUGGAUGGAAGGAGGAGGACAGAGCCUGGAGGAGUUCACCAAGCCCUUUGUCACAAUUCUUAGUCGAGCAGAACUCCUUCCUGUGGCACCUUUGGCUGCCUCCGUUUUGUCUCUGUUUACACAAGAAGACAUCCACGUCGAAGCCCAUAUGAACCAUUUAACCUCCUUGCUGCAAAACCUGCUUUUGGACUCUCAUGAGCCCCAGUUCUCUCUUCCCCCCGGCUGGGGGCUCUGUGAUGGCCUCCUGUCUUUACUCCUACACACACUCUCUGAGCAUGAAAAUAGCUCUGGACCUUCAUGUUUAGAUCCAGUUGUGUUUGUGGAUUUGUGGAAAAAAAUUGGUACUUCACUAGCAAUGGCAGACACACACUUCUGUUCAGCAAAUGGGCUGUUUUCCUUUCUGUCUAUUGCAUUGUUCGUCUUUACCAAGGAUCCCUACACAUGCAUUCCUCUGUUUUCUGAGAGAGAAUCGAAAUGUGUGUCCACUCUUGGCCGGCUGCUGGGCACCAACUGUGUUCAUCUGUUUGCUGAAGGCGGUCCUGGGAGAUUUGAGGAGGAUCUGAGUCACGGCAGCUUGUCCACAUUGAGCUGCCACUUGCUGUGCUUUCCCUUCGCCUUGGACCUGCCGUCACACACUGUGUCCACACUCCUCCAGUUGUAUGACAGUUGUGGUAUUGUCAAAAGCCUGCUGCAGGUAAUUCAAACUCUUCCUCCGCUUCUGCUCGAGCUGCCUCUCUCCCUGCUGAGCCGUCUGCUCCUGUGUGACCCCGAGCGCUCAGUUUCCUGCCUGAGAAAAGCCGCUUGUGUUUUUUUCCAGCCACCCGGGGACAGUGCGCUCGUUGCUUCCAAAGGCCAGACUCCACUUACCACGACUGCCAGCUCUCUGCUCGUCGACCUUCUGCAACUGGACGUGCUGUGGGACUCUGCAGUGGAGCUCCUCACUCUGUUGUCCCAGGUGGCCCGUUGUUCUGCUCGGCCUUCCUCCCUCCAGCUUUACCUGGAAGCCCCGGUGCUGCACCAGGGGCUGACUCAUGCUCAUGACAAGAUCAGAGCCACCACAUGCAGACUUUUGGGAAACCUGGAUCCGUUCCGGCGUCCUACCCUGCAAGCUGACAUUUUCAAAGGCAUGAUAGGCUGUCUUCAUGAUCCCUGUCUGUGUGUCCGGCGCAUGGCCUGCAGGGCAGUUGGGAACUGGUUGGGAUGUAUUGCAGCAAGGGCAGGCUUUCAAAUGGACAGGUGUAAUGCAAACGGCAGUGACACCGCAGGGUGGGGCAAAGAGAAGGAACAAAGCAAGCACCAGUGUUCAGACGGUGAGACAGCAGGGGAUCAGGCGGCUGUAACAGAGCAGGGAGUGGAUGAGGAGGAGGGGGGCGGGUGGAUGGAGGAAGCCCGGGGGACGGCGGCCACGCUGACGUCUCUGAUCACUGACCCCGACGCCCUCGUACGUCGCCACUGUUGUGCCGCCCUGGGUAACCUGGUUAGUGUUGACGGCGCAGUGGCAUUGUUGUCGGAGGAGGACGUGUCCCGCUCACUUCUGAGAGCUGCAUGCACGGACCCCCACAAUGCAGUGAGACGAGCUGCCAUAGCAACCCUGUGCCUGCACAGCAAGCGGGACGCAAUACGUCAGGUCCUCGUGUCCCUCUGUGCCAGAGAGAAACUUCUCCAGGCCUCACGACAUGCUCCUCCACAGUGCAACUAUCACCAGCUCAUCGGACAACUGUGAGUUCGGUUCAUGAGGAACGACGGCGGAUUAAAAUGCCAGGUGUAAAAAAAUAUUAUAUAUAUUCUCCCUGCUUACUUUAUUGCAGCCUUCUCUUCCUUUCCUAAGCAGUGUGAUGGAGGACGACAGAUAAUGAUCAUUUCUCCCUGUUUCUUUGUCUUGUCUGUCUUAUUUUAUUUUUAUUUUUUUAAGGAAGAAGAGAUAUGUUUAUGUACUCUCUUGAUUCUUGCAUUUUUUGGGUUAUAUAUUCACGGUCGAAUGUAGUAAUUGUGAGUCGCUUUGGACAAAAGUGUCAACUAAAUGAAUGCAAUGUAAAAUGAGCAAACACAAACUGAACUUUUCCCAAUGAAGGUCUUUGUUGGCUGUGUGUUUUGAACUUUAAUUUGAUUUAAUGACGAGAGUUGGUCCAAUUUCAUGGGGAACAUUUUUUAUUGUAAUCGGUUUUACACAGUAAUGACGGUAGAUUUUCUGAUUAAUCAGACAGGAUUGUUUCUGCCAUGUUGACUGAUGGAUAAUAUUCAAUAUAAUAUAUUAAUAUGAUUAAAUCUUUAUUGUUG